AUGGGACGCAAAAAUCAAAAAAUAGCCUGGAAAUCUAAGCCCAAGCCACAAAGAGCAACACCAGGGGAGAUAAGAGCGAGCAAAGAGGCUGAGGAGAAGAGAGUACAAUCUGCAGCCGCAGAGGCUACUGCUAUCCAACCUGUUUCUGGUGUGAAUAAAAUUGGUAAAGAAGGUACGCGAGACGAUAAUGCGAAGAUGAGAAGAAGCGGUGUUGAUCUAGGUGCGCUAGCCCCAAUUCCAGAUCAUCAACAAUCAUUUCGAAGACUGCACCUCGCGCUUCGGCGUCGAGCAGCUGAUGCUCGGCGGAAAGAGGCACGUCGUGAAAUGAGACGGGAAAAGUGUGCUGUGAUUGUCGAAGAGAGGGGUGGGGAUGGUGGGGAUUUUGGAGAAGAAGAAGAAGAAGAAGAAGAAGAGAUGACCGUCUCUUUCUUUGGAGGUGGUGAUUGGAGAGAUGAUAAGGAUAAAGAUAACGGUGGUGGAGGUGCUGCACUUGGUGGAAUGCACAGGGACCAGACCAUGAUGGUUUAG